CCCUCCCUCCGCCUCUGAGCGCGCGGCGGGCGCCGGUCCCGGCCGGACCCGGGGCUUGGCAGGCAGGCAGGCAAGAUGCUGGAAGCGGCCGGGCCGGACCCGGAGCUGGACCCGGAGGACCUGGUGCACUUCUCGGUGGGGGACCUGCCCAGCCGGGGCUACGGGGUGAUGGGCGAGAUCCGGAGGCAGGGGAAGCUCUGCGACGUCACCCUCAAGGUCGGGGACCACAAAUUCAGCGCCCACCGGAUUGUCUUGGCGGCCUCCAUCCCUUACUUCCACGCCAUGUUUACAAACGACAUGAUGGAGUGCAAGCAAGAUGAAAUUGUCAUGCAGGGCAUGGAUCCAAGCGCACUGGAAGCUCUGAUCAACUUUGCCUACAAUGGGCACUUGGCAAUCGACCAGCAGAAUGUCCAGUCCUUGCUGAUGGGCGCAAGCUUCCUGCAGCUGCAAAACAUCAAGGAUGCCUGCUGUUCUUUCCUCCGAGAGAGGCUUCACCCAAAAAACUGCCUGGGCGUGCGCCAGUUUGCCGAAACUAUGAUGUGUGCCGUACUCUACGAUGCUGCCAACAGCUUCAUCCACCAGCACUUUGUGGAGGUUUCCGUGUGCGAAGAGUUCCUGUCGCUGCCCUUGGAAGACGUCCUGGAGCUGGUCUCGAGAGAUGAGCUCAACGUCAAGUUAGAGGAGCAGGUCUUCGAAGCCGCUCUGGCCUGGGUCAGGUACGACCGCGAGCACCGAGAGCCCUUCUUGCCGGAGCUCCUCUCCAAAAUCCGCCUGCCUCUUUGCCGACCCCAGUUCCUUGCGGACCGCGUCCAGCAGGACGACCUCGUCCGCUGCUGCCACAAGUGCAGGGACCUCGUGGAUGAAGCAAAGGAUUACCACCUCAUGCCAGAGCGGCGGCCGCACCUCCCGUCUUUCAAAACCCGCCCCCGUUGCUGCACCUCCAUCGCAGGCCUGAUCUAUGCCGUGGGAGGCCUCAACUCAGCAGCAAAUUUCUAUGCAGGCGACUCCCUGAACGUGGUGGAAGUCUUCGACCCCAUUGCCAACCACUGGGAGAAGUGCCAGCCAAUGACGACGGCUCGCAGCCGGGUGGGCGUCGCCGUGCUGAACGGGCUCUUGUACGCCAUUGGUGGAUACGACGGGCAGCUGAGGCUCAGCACCGUGGAAGUCUACAACCCAGAGACAGAUUCCUGGUCCAAAGUGGGAAGCAUGAACAGCAAACGGAGUGCCAUGGGGACAGUCGUGUUGGACGGGCAGAUCUACGUCUGUGGUGGAUAUGACGGCACCUCGUCCCUCAACUCCGUGGAGGCCUAUUCACCUGAGACGGACAAGUGGAUGGUGGUGACCCCGAUGAGUUCGAACCGCAGUGCAGCUGGCGUUACCGUAUUUGAAGGCAGGAUAUUUGUAUCUGGCGGGCACGACGGGCUGCAGAUCUUCAACAGCGUGGAGUACUACAACCACCACAUGGCCUCGUGGCACAACGUCUCCAGCAUGCUCAACAAGCGCUGCCGUCACGGGGCCGCCUCCCUGGGCAGCAAGAUGUUCGUCUGCGGCGGCUACGACGGCUCCGGCUUCCUGAGCAUCGCCGAAGUGUACAACUCCAUGGCGGACCAGUGGUACCUGAUCGUCUCCAUGAACACCCGGCGCAGCCGCGUCUCCCUCGUGGCGAACUGUGGCCGCCUCUACGCCGUGGGGGGCUACGACGGACAGUCCAACCUGAGCUCCGUAGAAAUGUACGACCCGGAAACCAACCGCUGGACGUUCAUGGCCCCCAUGGUGUGCCACGAGGGAGGGGUUGGGGUGGGGUGCAUACCGCUCCUGACUAUCUGAGCGGAGGGUGGGAGGAGGCACGGGCCUGCGCCACCUGCAAGCCAGGACUUCCGGAGCCAGGGGCCCCGCCUCGAAGGGGUGAUCUGCGGAGAGACUCGACUUCUGCCGGGAGAGGUACAUCGGUUCCAGGUGCUUGGGCCAUCGCCGUUUGGGAAGCGCACAAACAAGCCCCAUGGACCAGAGCCCCGUGGGCGUUGAGCGGGGUCCCGCAGUGUCACGAGAAUUUGGAGAUUUCAGCCCGUGUGAAUGAAGCCUCACUCGCCUCUUUCUCCUGGGCUCUGCCAAGCUCCCAGCUGCUUUAUGCCGUGCCUCCGCUGAUGCUGCCUUGAUCCCCUUGUGAUUGUGUCGUGGGUGUAAGUCUGCUUAGGUCAGGUGGGCUUUCCCUGGAAGUAAUAAGAUGCUUCUGUCGUUGUGCCCCUUGAAAGCUGGAAAGGGAGCUCCCUUCUCUUCUAGGGCGAGAACAGUGUAUUGGCCAGGAAAACACCCACGUCUUUUAUUUCGAGGUCAACACAGAGGUGCAAUUACCCCCCUCUCCCCCAAAGAAAAAUGAAGUCAUUUUCUGCAGAGAAACACAGUUCAGGAAGAGUCUGCCGCUUCCUACACCUGGCCACUAGGUGGCACAGAUGCACAUGCAAAGCUCUGUUUGAUGGGUUAGUCUCCAUUUGCUCCUAAGGGAAAGAUAGCUCCCCUCUUGCGUUCUAGCUGCGUGCAGAAAGCAAGAAAAAAGGGCCUUGUGUAUUCAGAAACGGAAAGGUAGGGCCACAGCGCAAGGAAGGCUUCGCAGCCUUUUGCCACCGACCCACCGCCGAGGAGAAUGCCGUGCCGUUACGGGCUCUGUGGAGCUUUUGGGAUGAGGCUUGCAUCCCUGAAGUUCCUGGAGGGUUGUACUUUUGCAUGCCACAGCCUUAAGCGUUAAGAGGGAGCUUGUAGCAUAAUGGGGCCCAAUCCUGUCUCUGAACAACUCCGAAACAGCAAAUCAGGCUGUGCGUCGUCCGAACAGCAGUAGUUGCCUUGGCAUCGUCAGCGCAUCCAUGCAAUUUCCUGGAAACUAGAUGUUUGGGCUGGGCACCGCUAUUCCCACAAAGGUGUCCCUGUGCUGCUUGCGGUGACCGUUCACAUCAAAUCAAAAUUCUCAUCCCCAGAUCUGAGAUUUUUGUUUAGACAGGAAAUGCCCUUCCACUUAGGGCUAUCUUCGGAGACACACAAACCUUAAG